AUGGCAACAUCCAAUCCCAUAGAUUUGAUUGAAGAAACAACCAUUAAUGUAUUGGUGGAUCGAAUCCUUGAUGCUCCGUUUGAGAAUAGUUUAGUUGAUAUUAUCUGUCAACCAACAACAUCGGACUCUCCAACAAGGUCUUCACCAAUUGCUGUGAUUGAUAAAUCACAGAUUGUGUUGACGUUGCAAGGUUUGCAAAAAUCAUUGGAAUUAUGGAUACAACAAGCACGAGAUUAUCAAACGCAAAUGACGGACAAUUUAGAACAAGUAAAAUUGAUAAUAGCUGCUGUUACGCAAUAUGAGCAUGAUCAAUCUCAACAAGUUGACAACAACGAUAUAGAUCUAUCGUCUGGGUCUUCAUCCAUUGAACAAUCGUAA